CAGUGGUCGUGACGCUGCCUUUUGAGUCAAAUAUUCACCCCACAUAAUUGGCUCGGUAUGAAAUGGCAGGUAUGAGGCUGGAUUAAAGUUUACCCACCCGCCGAACAUCCCCGCCACUUCUGGCGCAUACAGGCACCUGAGUGGCUGUGCACGGCUGUCUUGAAGAAUCUCCACAAACCACGACUCAUUGCCUCCGUUUAAACCUUCUUCUCUGCUGUCGAUUACAUUUCUUUCAUUCUCACCCAUGAUACCCGCAGCUGUGUUGCUUCACAUUACAUGCCUUUAUCCCCCGUGAACCACCAGCACCAGCACCGCAAAAUGUCCUUCCAAACCACCGCCGCGCACUCCAGCCGCAUCAAGAAAUCCAACCCCGCCAGCGCCCGCCGCCCCUCCUCCGCCUCCGCCUUCUCCUCCCUCCCCCGCCGCAAACCCAUCGCAUGCGGCGCAUCCAAACUCCAAUCCCAAUCCCAGGACUCCGACGAUGACACCCCCUACUCCUCCAACCCAACAACCCGCCUCCCCGACGCAGGUCUAAUCCACACCCUCCUCACCGACCUCGCCCUCCGCGACGUCCCCCAAGCAAUCCUCCAUAUCACCACCCACACGUUCACACCCAUCCCCCCCACGCGCUCCGGCCUCAGCUCCACCCGCACCGCCGAGAUCCUGAACUACCGCCGUGCACUCCCCCCCGUCGCCACAGUAUCGCACGUCCAAGCGCUUCUCCAUGCCCCUACCGCCGUGGCGCGUGAGAUCGCGGAGUUGACUGGAAAGGGAACGAUUCGGAAACUCCUCAUCCCCGGCCGUGGGGGCGCGGGGGAAUUGCUGAUCCUAACGCGCGAUCUGGAGGGGCUGGUGAACUCCUCCACUCUCCUCGACGAGGGCGUUAAAGUAGCUUACAUUAAGUUACUGCGAGAGCAACCUACGGCGCUCAAACUCCCACGCUCGAGCUUGUCGCAAGACGCGGCGAGGCAGCUCAUGCAAGCUGGUUUCAUCACAGCCGCGACUCCGACAUGGACAGCUGCUGAUGUCUUCUCCGCCCCUGGACAAGGGGCACGGGGGACGUUGGCGAGUUUAACUAGUAUCGCCUCCGCUGCGCGCGGGGGCGUAGGGAAAGUCGGCAGCGAGGGGGUUGUACACGCCGCUGGCGGGAGCGGAGGCCGCGCCGGCGCCGCAGGGGGUGGGAUGGGUGAUUACAGCGUCUCUGUCCCGAAUGUGGGUGCUUAUCUCAAACUCCUCACUUCAGCGCGAACACAGUUAGUCGGAGUACUGCAGAAAACUCGGUUCAGAGAGAUGACGGAGGAAGGGUUGAGGGAGCGGUGGGAGGGCGGGGUGGAGGGGGGGGGAGGGGGAGGACGAGGUGGUGGAGGGUGUUUUGGGGGGUGGAGUUUGGGUGGGUGGUGA